UUCUUAUUGAGGACAAUUACUUCCUGUUCCGGGUUUGAUUGUUCAUGGAGACGAGGUAUUGAUUGACCAAUCAGGGAUCGUGUAGUUUGGCGGGGAAUUCGUUUGGCGCGGAAUAACCAAGCGACUCCAUUCAAGCUUCGCCAACAAAGGAACCAGGGGCUUGCAUGGAAAACCUUUGGUCUACUUGACCUCAUAUUACUAUUAAAAAUGUCCGUUUUAAAAGAUAGAGCCAACUUUAACAACAUCAUUCAAGGUUUAAGACAUACCAGGACUUCAGAUGACAAUAUUUUUGUUUCAUUUUCGAGCCCUCGAGCAGCUGGAGCCGAGCAAACGACAAGAGCACAGACACCACGUACUCCUCCUAUCAUACGACUCCUCUCCGAAAUAUCAAAUGAAGAAGAUCUUAUGGACUCUAGUAAUGCAUUAGAAGAAGAAUUUGGUGGAUUACCUUCAGUUCUUCUUACACCAACUAGUCCUAACGAUGCAAAAAGCUCAAAAUUCAAUAUUUUGGACUCUAGUUCGAGCGCACGGCCGAAGAAGAAGCUUCGAGUAGACAACCAUGGGUCUAAAAAGUUGUCUUUGCAAAAUAAGUUGCAAGGACUUACGAAGUCUCAGCUUAUUAAUCUUCUGGAUACCUUAGUAUGUGAUCGGCAUCCUGAACUCGAAGAGGAGAUUCAACAGCUGGUUCCCGAACCUGAUCUACAAGCAAUGGAGGCGAGACUAAAGACUCUUAAACGAAGUAUUUACAAAGCGUUCCCUCAUCGAGGAAGCCAUGUUGGGUCAACAAGAGAUUCGUUUAAUUAUCGAAGAGUGCAUUCGCAUGUUAUAGCAUUCAAGAAGGAAUGCAUUGAUCAAGGUAAUAAUCUAGUUACCUCAGGUUUAUGGACAGCAGUUAUGGAGUAUGUUCUGAUGGCAUGGUCAAAUGUUGACGACCUCCCUACAUGGGACAACCCUGCACAUAAUACUAGCAAAUCAUCUUGUUUCAAAACCCUGGCUGUUCAGUUCCAACAAGCCUUAUCGAAUGGUUCAUUCACUAUACAAGAAUAUAAAAUGUUUCAAACAAGACUGGAAGAAGCCUGCUCCAUAAAUAAACACUUACAGCCUUGUUUAAGGCAAGUCAAUGAAAUACUAAAUUAGUGAAAUAAAAGUAGAUUUCAAAAAAUAUAUAUUUCUAGCAAACACAAUUUUAUAUUUUUAUACUUGAACUAGAAAUAUGGAAGAUUUUAUCUUCAUUUACUUUAAUUUAGAUUUUAUGGUAGUUAGUCCAUUUUACAAUUCAGUAUUUGUAUAUUUGUCAUACCAUUCAAUGAUAAAUUAUUUUCUUGGUGUCGACUUAGGCAUCAAUCAUUUGUAUAAACGUCAAAAAUCACAAUUUUAUGUACAAAUUAUAUCUUCUUUGAAGAGAUUUGUGUAAUGGGUCUGUAAAUGUCAAAUUAGGUCAACAAUUAGCUUGACCUUGAAGCUAUUAGCUAUAAUUUUUUGUAGAUGUACAAAGAAAUAAUCCAGAAUAAAAAGUAUAAAUAAGAACUUGGUUGUUUUCCUUUGUCGAAGCCUUGGUUUUGAGUUUGAUAAAAAUGAAGGUUAC